CUGAGACGGAGUUGAGGGAGGGGAGAGGGAGAGGAAGGGAGAGGGGGAGUGCGUGUCUGUGCUAGUGCCUGUCAAUGGUUUAGGUCCGCGGCCGGCUGGGAGAGUGGGAGAGUGGGAGAGUCGCGUGCGAGAGUGGCAGAGUCAACACACGGCCACAAUAGGGGUUGCCGAGGGAAAGUUUGCCGUGUUUUAAGGUUUACAAGGGAGGAGAAAGCCGCCGGAAGAGAGCCACAGUGGAGCUUACAAGACUUCCGAUGUUUACCUGUGAGAGAGAACCGCUCUAUAUAGUGCCGUGAUGGUGUUUACAAGGUUUUAUUGAGGGUUUGCAAGUGAGAAGAAAGUCCACUAGAAGGACAGAGUGGAGUUUACAAGACCUUCGAUGUUUACAAGCGAGAGAGAACCGUUCUGCAAAGUGCCGUGAUGGUGUUUACAAGCUUUCGUUGAAGGUUUACAAGUGAGAAGAAAGUCACUAGAAGAAGGACAGAGUGGAGUUUACAGGACUUACGAUGUUUACAAGCGAGAGAGAACCGUUCUGCAAAGUGUCAUGAGAGUGUUUACAAGCUUUUUCGCUGAGGAUUUACAAGGGAGAAAAAAGUCAUCGCAAAAGGACCAGAGUACGAGUAGAGUUUAAAAGCUUACAAGUGCGAGAAUGAAGCAACCAACAGAGUGGCAUUACAGUUUACAAGCGUUCAUUGACGUUGUGCAAGUGAGGCAGAAAACAAUCGUAUGAGGGCCACAAUACAGUUCACCAGGAUACAAAAUUGACAAGCAGAAAAAAAAGUGUCCUACAAUAUAUUACUACAAAGUGCUACAGAGUUACAUGCCAGAGAAAUAUCCUUUUAUUAAGUCUACAAACUUACACCACCUACUCGCAAAGAAAACGCAUACUAAAGCUUACCACUAUUAAAUAUACAAGCAUACAGGAAUAACAAGUGAAAAAAAAGCGUCUACUAUAGAUUAUCACAAGUUCACAAGACCUACAAGAUGAAAGAGUGUUUUAAAAAGUGCCACUACGAGACACACUACAAGCUGGCAAUGUUAACAAGGGAGGGAAAAGCGUUCUGAACAGUGCUUGCAGGACGGAGAAGCAAAGGACCUACCGAGUGCCGUCAGGACGCAUGAAUAUAAAAGGCGGGCCGUUCAAGACCUCCAUUUGUGACUAUAAAGGCUUGUCAGGUCCGGAGAGAGGUAGUGCAGCUGGAACAACGUGGUGCGAGGAGACAGGGCAUCGCGCGGGAGAUAUUAAAACCAAGUGCGGAUAAUUUAUAAGCGUCGCAGUGGAAAAGCCUUGACAGAAGCGAAUGGUGCCGUGCGUGUCGAGUCGUGCGAUGGCGGAAAGCGGGGGGGAAGGUUUUGUUAGAUGGAACUAUACAUGGCUCUAGGAGUGUGUGUACGACGCUGUGGCCUUAGAGACGAGGUGAUGGUUGUAAUACGGAGAGACUGCGUUCCGCCACCUCCCACCCACCAGCACCACCGCCACUGCCACCAACUACAUCACAACAAGCCAUAGAAGCAGUACGUUAAUUAACCUCAAAGGACACACGCAAGGAGAAGCUGCUAUGGCACGCGAAGGACUGCCCGCCACGGCCCGUCAUUUGAACCUGCCGCGGGGGAAGCGUAUCGUGCUGUACAGGAGUGGUGACAAGUUCUACCCGGGAGCUCCCUUUACCGUCAACCCGCGCUACAUCAAGAGCGUGAAUGACCUGCUUGCUGAUGCCACUGAGAAGGUGGACGCGGUCUGGGGUGCGGUAAGGAGCAUUCACACCCCUAACACUGGUACCAAAGUCAACACUCUCGAAGCCAUCAACCCUCAGGGAUCGUACGUGGCUGCUGGUGUCAAGGGCUUCAUCCAUAUCCCCGGCGGAUACGAGAACAUCGGAAAGCCAGUUCUAAUAAGGAAGAGGAGGACGGGACCGAGCCGGAACGCCUCCAGACGCUCCUAUUACGGGGAGGGCGUCUUCAGGGGCUUCAAGGUGGCUGUGUACAGGAACGGCGACAACACGACCACCUAUCCAUUCACCUUCACCACGGACGACUACGAUGACUGGGAUAAGGCGCUCGACAGGCUGUCCAAAAAUCUCCCCAACGGCCCCAUUAAAAGAUUCUUCUACCUCAGCGGCAACCCCGUCCAGGGCCCUGAGGAUCUCAUCAAUUACGGGACCUACGUGGUGGCGGGCCGGGACGAGGACUUCCACAAGGCGCAGUACGUAGACGUGACGCUUGGGGUGGAGGACGACGGCUCGACAACCUUCUUCGGGGACCCUCGCAGCAGAUGGUCUCAAGCCUCUCCAGGGACCGUAGACUCAGGCGGGAGACUUAGCCAGAAUCAUAGUUCUCCCUCAAUCUCCGCCUCGCAAGGAUCAGAGAGGGGAGGAAUAGAAGAGGAAGACGAGGAAGAAGAGGACGAGGACGACGCUGAAUACUCCUACUACGAAAAUUACAGACACAUCGAGGAGGAGGAAGAGGAAGAGGAAAAGCGGAGGGAGCGUGGAAGCGAAUGGUCUGGAGGAACGGGAGAAGAGGAAGAAGAUAGCGGAGGAGGAGGAAGGUGGAGAAGAGAGGGAGGCUUCGACCAGGGCAGCGAAGUAAUGAUUCUCGGCGAUAGCGCUGAAGACCACGACCUGCGAGUGUACGGGGACACGGCCUUCCCGAUGCAGUCCCCGAUCGUGGAGGAGUCAGAAGGGGAGCAGGAGGAGGAUGAGGAGGACGGGGAGGAGAUGGAAGAAGAGGUAGAGGACUGGAGAAGCGAGGAAGGCGGGAGGGUCAAAUCCAGGCUCUCAGUGUUCGACAGUGGCCACGCGUCCCUGCUGAGUGAUGAGGACCGGCCAGACAGCGUGUUCAGGGCUAAGAGGCUGUCACGCCCCGCCACGCGCGCCAUUGAGGUGGAUUACGACACAGAUGACGGCGGCGUGUACAAGGCCAAGCGCCACUAUGACUACGCCGCCCAGGAGGUGCUCGAGUCCUCAGCUACCAACAUCGAGCUGCCUGUGGACCUGCUCGAUGCCGCGGAGGUGCAGGAGGAUAUCUACGCCGCGUGACAGCGUCGAGAGGAGACGAGCGCGACGCUUUGAUCUACGCCGGACAGUAAACCGAAGGAUUUCUGUUAUUUCCUUGUGUAUCUGUCCCAUGUAUCUGUGACACACGCGCCGCGCCGUUGGGUCUUUGCCACAGUAUUUUUUCCCGCUGCGGGAGAUGAGCGCCGCGGCAGAGCCCGGCUUAGUGUGCCUUUCAACGUCGUCCAAAGAAAAGUCUCUUCGGUCCUUUCACUCGCUCCGUAUCAGGUUUGGGAAGUUUCGCCUCGCGUGGGAUGGCAGAUCGAAGCUGAUUCAAUAUACUUAUUUAUAUACAUAGCCGAAGCUGAUAGUAUAUAUUUAUAAACGUAUGUUGCACUAAAGAAUAUGGAAGGACUUUUUUCCAUCUUGUUAAGUUCGAUACACGAUUGAAAACCCCAGUGUUGUGUGUAGCACAAGGCAAUGAUGCUGUGACUGAACUGGGUUGGAGUGGGGCGUGAUGGGGCAUGAAUAUUCUGCCCUCGCCUGUCCGCCGUACUCCAACAAUGUGGCUCUUGCUGUACGCUGGGGAUGCCGUCACGUGCUCCAAUGCAAACUACAUACAGAAAACUAACCCUUCAAGUGACGCGUGGCUCAAUAAAUCGUGUACGCUUUA